AGCUAUGACGACUCUCUUUAAUAUUCCCGUCGCGUCCACUGGCGGGAGUAUCGGCUGCUCGAAUCCGUCCAGCGACGAUAAGGACAAAACCAUCUACCUUCUCACCUUCCACUCACCCAAAGACAACCGCCUGACGCCGACGUUUAUUGACGCCCUCCUGCUGGCCCUGGAUGUGAUCGAGCACAAAUUCCCCAAAGGCGUGGUGGUGACCACCAGCGACAUCCCUAAAUUCUACAGCAACGGACUCGACCUCGAGCUAGCGUUAAGCACGGAGAAUUUCCUCGAGAAAUGGCUGUGGAAGCUUUUCCGGCGAUUCCUCACAUACCCGAUGCCAACCGUCUGUCUGUUGAAUGGACACGCGUUUGCCGGCGGCUUGAUGCUGGCCAUGUAUCAUGACUACCGCAUCCAGAAUCCCAGCCGGGGAUUCUUGUGCGUCAACGAGAUCGAUUUUGGCGUGCCUCUGCAGACCCCCAUGAUGAGCAUCUUCAGGCAGAAACUGACCCCCGCGACGUUUCGGGAUCUGGUCCUGGAAGCGAAGCGGUUCGGCGGGCCUGCUUCCCUGCAGGCUGGCCUCGUCGAUGGCCUUGGAGGGCUGGAGGAGACUCUAGCCUUCAUCCGGGAGAGGGGGCUGCAGACCAAAGCAGCCACGGGAAUCUAUGGGACGAUGAAGGAGGAGAUGUGGCGUGAGAGCCUGGGAUACCUUGACAACCACUCUGGAAACCUUGCGUGGAGGGAUGAGAUCGAGCAUAAAAAGGAAAUUGCCCAUAGUGAGAGCAAGGACAAGGUCCAGAAAUGGGCGACGAGGGGGAAUAAGCUAUAA